AUAUAUGGGAGGCUGGUCCUGAGGGGCUGACAGUGAUAAGCAUGCUGAAUGCUGAGAAAACCCAUAUACAGUUACACCAAUUAGGAUCCUGCCUGCCACACUAUAGCCCAGCAGCUUAGAGACUCUCCCCCUUUCUUCAGCUCUCCUUUAAGGUGAUGUGUAAGGAAACGGGGAAGGAGGGAUUUCUGGAGGACGGGACGUUACAUGUGCAUCGUGCAAAACCGUGCGCACCGUCUACCGCCUGCAUGUUAGAGAGGUAUAUACAGGGAUGAGGCGAAUGCGGUGAAGAGGAGAGAAUUCUGAAUCUCCGAGAUACGACCGACAAACACCGGGACUGGUGCAAGCAGGGUGACGUGUCUCCCGCGGUUGACAGCCUGAUUGGAAAAGAAGUCACAAGCAAGGGUGCUGGCCUUUAUGUAAAUGAGAGAAGGUGCAGUUUCAGUUGAGUGGACCAGACUUGAACAUGCAGACUGCUUGUAUAAGGAUUUAGGGAAUUGCAAUUGCUGCAGGAUAGCAGUUACCAUCGACUGAGUUAGACAUCGGACACACCGUGUAUCCAAAGCAUCUCUUGAAGCCGUUUCUUGCCACCGGAAGUGUUCAGGACAAUUUGAGAUUUUAGCACGGGAAGCAGAACUGGAAAUCGCUGACGAAGGCAUAUUCCAGAUUUCUUACACGGUUGCAGGAAAUUUACCCGGUGCCCAUAAAUCUGCAGUGCCGUGUCUCUUUAUCUGUGAAUACGAUCUCCCUGUAACUACAUCAGGGUGGUAAGAAUGGAUGGCUCAGCUACUUGGAACUGCCAAUAGAUUUAUAACUCGGCUCUGCGAGGGGCUUUUGGAUGCUGCGGAGCUGCAUUCAGAGGGAACGUUUUGACGUCAGACGGUCAGGAGUCAACCAAAGCUCCCACCCGGCAGGUGGCCGGUAUAAGGAGGCACCCGCUGAGACAGGAUAGGGCAAUUUGCACUGCUACAAUUUCUUCAGGACCGGGAGAUAUUUUCAUACGCGCUUUCCGUGCAGCAUUCCGUAGUCUGUUGCCACGGCUCCGUCUGAACGUCGCGUAAAUCUGUCAAUGUACUAAAUGGACCUUGUCAUAUCGAAUCGCGGGAUGAUGUUGACAGUGCAUUCGUCUUCCGUGUGGUGAUGAACAACUGAUACCUGCAAGGCAGACAGGGGAGACGUGUCACAUUUUUCCUGGAACAGCGUGGACAUAUAUCUCCCGAGGCAACUCUUUGCAGCAUUCGAGACAACAUGGCAUACCACCUGUGUGUCACAGCAAUGGUACUGGCGGCGUAUCUGACAGCUGCGAAGGCCUGCCCAUCAAGCUGUACGUGUGAUCCCGUAUGGAAGGCAGUCGACUGCUCCCACAGGAAAUUCCUCUCCAUUCCCGAUGGAAUCCCUGCCGACACAACCAUGCUCCACCUCGAGGAGAACAGCUUCCAACAGGUGAACAGCAGCCAGUUCUCCAACUACACAAAGCUGCAGACCUUGUAUCUGUACAACAACAACAUUUCCACCAUCGAGGCGGGUGCCUUCGCUGAACUCGAGCACCUCAGCACUCUAAGACUCUUCACCAACCACCUGUCCACCCUCGAGAAUGGCAUGUUUCAGGGACUCACUAACCUCUCCUUACUGGACCUGAGCAGAAAUCGGAUCCUCACGAUUCCCGAUGAUGUGUUUUCCAGCUUGCAGAACUUGGAGGUCUUACACCUCUGGGAUAACCAGAUUAUCUUUGUCUCACUCAACGCCUUCAGGGGCCUGGACAACCUUCACCAUUUGACACUAGACGGGAACAACCUCACAGCGGUACCAACCCAGAGCUUUCAGACCGUCCCAAAGCUCGAGACGUUACAGAUUCUUAAUCUACCCGUCACAAGUCUGCCUGCUUACGCCUUCAAGAGUCUUCCACACCUGAAGGCACUGCACAUAGGAGACUGGCCCCGCCUGGAGUUCCUGUCACCGGAAGCGUUUGAUGGUUUGGAUCUCACCUACCUGUCUCUGUACAGAUGCAACUUGCAGAGUCUUCCCUUUGAGGGGAUACGCAGGCAAUGGGGGCUGAAACAGCUGCUCCUGUACGACAACCCAAUCGCUAACAUCCGGCCAAAUCAGUUCUACAACAUGAGCCAACUGGAGGAGCUCUAUCUGAAUGACAUGUUGUUGGACGUUCUUGACAGCGACAUAUUCAAAGAUUUGACGAGCCUGAUCAAACUGGACAUGUCAAGCAACUACUUCAAGAGCAUACCCCCCACCCUCUUCCGAAAACUGCGACGUUUGGAAUACCUGGACCUGUCCUUCAACCAGCUUUCGUACCUUCCCCAACAGGCCUUCCAAACGCUGCACUCGUUACGGACAGUGCGUUUGGGCGAGAACCCUCUACAGUGUGACUGCGACUUGAAGUGGCUAAAGGUCUGGGAGGGGAAGUUUACAGCUAAGGAGAUUGUGGCGACAUGUUCUCGUCCGCUGAAGUUACAUGGGUUGGAGUUAAAGAACUUGAACGUGUCUAACUUCAUCUGUGAGCUACCCUACAUCACCGGGUACUCAAAAGAUGUGUGGGCAAAGGAAGGAGAGGACGUCAUGCUGGAAUGUAAAGCCACAGGCUUCCCACAGCCGAGGAUCUCGUGGGUCACCCCGGAUGGUCUCCACUUGGACCCUGACUCCAAGUAUGAUGGCAAGCUGAAGGUGUCCAACGAAAUCGUUUUGUACAUCCAGAAUGUGACCGACGCUGACGAAGGCGAGUACAUGUGUCUCGCGAACAACAAGGGAGGAAGCGACAAAGUCAAGAUCACGUUAACCGUCGGGGAGUAUCCGUUCAAGCCGUCCGUUCUCCCGCAAGUGGCGGACAUGCAGCCACGCGUGGAGGACCAAACAAAAGUCAUGAUGUCACGGACUCAGCAGAAAAGGAAGAAGGCCAAUCCUGCUCUCGUUGCCGGGGUGAUCAUCGCGGCCGCCGUGCUGAUUGGCCUGGUGUUCGUGCUCGUGUGGAUUGUCAGGAAAGCGCCCAUAGACAGGGGGCUAGCACUGCGGGGAUCCACAUCCGAGGAGAUGAGGAUGCUUCCGAGCAGGGAUCAGACAAACGAGAACGUGGCUCUCAGCUUCAUUGAAACGAUAGCAUGACACAGGGAAGAGACUGUUUCAACUGUUUAAACGUGUCCUUUUCUGAGGAAAAACAUUUCUGUAUGUUGUAAGAUGUAGCUCUCAGUUUCAUCAAAACGAUAGCAUGACACAAGAAAGAGAACUGUUUCAACUGUUGCGUGUCAUUGUCAGAUGGGAAACGUUUCUGUAUGUAAGGAACGACACAUCUGAAGAAGAGGAUGGCAAAAACUGUGACAUCAAAAAUUUUACAAUAGUCAAGAGACUGGACAUGGGCCAGUUCGAAUGGCACAACACAGAAAUGUGGACACACAAAAAUGUACAUAAAGAUAAAGAAAAGUGCAUGUAGCUGUCCUGUUUCAAGACAUUGUAACUUGUACUUUAAGGUAAAGAAAGCCAAUGUCUAGAGUAAUGUCCUUGUAUCUGUUAAUAGUUAUAGUGCUGCAGUGAGCAAUACCUAUUGGUACUAGUAACAAUGUACUGCAUACAUGAGGUUUAGUCAGUGAUAUAAGAUGGAAAGCCUACAAAACUGAGCACACUAAGGAUGUUUUAUUAUUACACACAAAUUCUGGCAAAUAUGGCAGCAAUUUGAAAAUGCAGGAACCUUUUCUAGGUCACUGUACAUUCUAAUGGGUCAAGAUGACGAAAAACUGGGAGUUUUUUAUAUCUCACCAGCUUGCAAAUGUCUGUAGUAAAUUGAUAUGCUACAGUAUGUUUUUACAAGAUCAGGUCACGGUUAACAUGUGCAGAUAGAUGAAAAUAGGGUCAGUGCAGGGCAAAGAUCUCAGCCAGCGGUGACAUGACUUAUGGCAUCCUGUGACUUUUGUGUUAAAAUAUCUUACGAUCUGUCCAGACGUGCUCACAAUGUGUACCUGAUCUGGAAUAUUCUAAGAAAAGGUCUGUGGUCAUACGUUAACUGUGAUUGUCGUGACAAGAAUGUUAUAUACAUCCAGACUGCUCAUCAAUAUUCUUAUACUGGUGUAAUUCCAUCGUGAGGGAAAGUCCAGUGAAAGUGAUGAAAGUGUUCACGUAUUCAGACUGCAUGCGGCCUGGCAUUCGGGAUAGAGAACUGCUCCAGAUACAGAGCAAAUCGUCAGUCAGCGUCCUGACCGUUUGAUUCAAUGAAAUGACACUGACCCUGAAACAGGCUGCAGAUGCAUUACCACCUGCCAAACACGGAGUAGAAGUGACAGUUGCAAAUGUAAAAGCUGGAGGAGGGGGCAGAGUCGGGUCAACGUCAAUUUACGGCCUUCAGACAGAUCAAUACAUCCGCCAUCCAUCAAUCCUGGAGUAAGGGAAAGGCUCCGACAGUCAAAACAUUGGAGGGACUGCGAAUCACCAUCCCCGAAUCAAUUAUGUAGCUGUGCAUAUAAAGACUUGCACUUAAAACAGAAUUGAAACUGAUGAUCUGAGUGUGUAAAAUUGUAAGAUUAUACAUCUAGCGAUGAUGCUGUGCUAUCUUGUCUUGUACCAAAUAAACUGUAAUGUGCUCUGACUAGUAGCAUUCUGUCAACUGCAAAUUAGGUUUUGGAAGGAAACUUGCCCAUCUGGAAUGAGGCAUUUUGUAAGGAUUUGGAGUCUUGUCGACAAACCUUUAUAUCAUAAUCAUUUACAACUGUGGAGACUACAGCAACAAGAAACCUUGUGAUCUUGUGCAGAAUGUAAAAAUAUACUGAAGACAGUAUUGGCCAUUUCAAUGAUGUAGUUGAAUGUAAUAUCUGUUGUAGUAUGAGACAAGAACAAAAAUGUUGACAGUGUCAGAAUGUUCAUUAAUUGAUCGUAAAACAAUGUAGUGAUCUGGUUUGUGCUUGAUAAACUUGAAAGAGUCUAGACAGUUGUUUGUAAAUUUAAAGAAAAUUUGAUAUCACAUGUGGUAGCCAAUCCAAGUCAAAUGUUCUGAGUACAGACUACUACAGUGGAGUAACAGUACAUACCAUGUAAAUGAUUUGUGUGGAAGGUUUACUUUCAUUUGUUAUUGUAAUAUGA